AUGCUGGAUAACCAGUUGUAUAUAACCGAUGACGACUACAGGCCCACAGUUGAAAUUGUAUCGCCUCCUACGGUAGUGACAUCUGAGGAGAAUUGGGAAGAUGAUAACACCACAUCCUACAAGCCGGACUUAAGUAAGAAAGGCCCUCAUAUUAUAACCAAGAUAAAGGGUGCUACUCCCUCAGAGCGAAGGAAGGCCCGUAUGGAGGGCAUAAAGAAUUACCGUCCUGCUGAAGUUAAUAAGUAA